AUGACAUCGGCAAAUUCACCUGUUCAUGCAAACCAGGGCGAUCAGGGAGUUAAAAACUCCGGGCCCAACGGAGUCACCUCAAGCGGAGCCAGCAUCGGCUCGGGUAAAGAAGGAGCUUUGAUGCCACCAGGCCCGAAGACGGUGGUGAGCAGAGCGCUAGGAAGCGACUUGCAUUCCGAUGCCCACAGAGGCUCGCAGGGCGGAGUCGGAACCGCACUGACGGACACUCCGAUUUCUACCGCACCCUCUUCUCCACAGAUUAAUGGUCUCUCAGCCGCCAGCACUCCCAGCCGGGUGCGAGCAACGACUCUGGAUAUUCCCGGGCUGACUCGAUCCAAGGUGUCCCCAGAUGGACGCAUUGCCCAACGUGAUGUGGGGUCCAAGUUGGUCAUUGUCAUGGUCGGUCUGCCAGCCCGAGGCAAGAGUUACAUCACCAAAAAGCUGGCUCGUUACCUGAACUGGCUCCAGCAUGAUACCGAGAUCUUCAACGUCGGCGAGCGUCGUCGUGUCGCUGCUGGGAAGUCACCGUCGCCAGCCCACAUUGGGCGUCCACUGGAAAAGCGUGUGAGCAGUGUCCACAAGGACCUCGUGGACUCUGUGCGUCGACUCAGCGUCAGCGUUGGAACCGCCAACCAGGACGCAACGUCCCCCCCUGAGGCGUCGUCGCCUCCUAACGACACAUCUCUUCCCCCGCCUGCUAUCCCGACGAAGAUUCUCAUCAACGGCAAGGAGCCCGAUUCGUCUAUCUCGCAGAAUGGCAGCACGGUAGUAUCUUCUGAUGAUGCCGGUAAUCACACCGCAGAAAUUCCGGCCGACGCCAUCAAAGAAGCCUCCCCAGAGCCGAUGGACCAGUCUGCCAAUUUCUUUGAUCCUUCGAAUCAGAUCGCUCUGAAGCUCCGCGAGCAGGUUGCUUUGGAUACCCUUGAUGAACUCCUUGAGUACAUUCUCGAGGAAGGUGGAAGUGUUGGUAUUCUCGAUGCCACCAACAGCACCAUGGAACGUCGUAAAGCCAUUGUUGACCACAUUCGCAAGCGUGCCGGCCCCGAGCUCGGAAUCCUCUUCCUCGAGAGCAGUUGCGUUGACAAAGACCUCCUGGAAGCCAACAUGCGUCUGAAACUCUCCGGACCUGACUACAAGGGCCAAGACCCAACUGCUGCCUUAGAAGACUUCCGGAAGCGGGUUGCACUGUACGAAAAGUCAUACGUGCCACUUGGCGAGUAUGAAGAGAAAAAUGACAUGGCCUACAUUCAAAUGAUUGACGUUGGCCGGAAGAUUGUCUCACACCAGACACAUGGCUUCCUCUCGUCGCAGGUGGUCUAUUACCUGCUCAACUUCAACUUGUCUCCACGCCAGAUUUGGAUCACUCGUCAUGGCGAGAGCGUGGACGACCAAGCCGGACGCCUCGGUGGCGAUUCUGAUCUUAGUGAAAAUGGUCAACGGUAUGCUAAGGCAUUGGCGAAGUUUAUCGAUCAUCAGCGCAAGAAAUGGGAGCUUUAUCAACGACAGAAGAACCUCAUUAAGCACUUCCCUCCACGUCCGGGUGACAGCACCCCCCCAAACCCCUCCUACAUCCCCCGUGACCGCCCGCGCAACUUCUGUGUUUGGUCAUCCAUGAUGAAACGUGCCAUCCAGACGGUUGAAUACUUCAACGAAGACGAUUUUGAUGUGAAGCAAAUGCGCAUGCUGGACGAACUUCAUGCGGGCAAGAUGGAGGGCAUGACCUACAAGGAAAUUCAGGAACAGUUCCCUGAGGAGUACGCCCAUCGCAAGAAGGACAAACUCUUCUAUCGCUACCCCGGUCCGGGUGGAGAGAGUUACCUGGACAUCAUCAACCGUCUUCGCGCGGUCAUUGUUGAGGUGGAGCGUACCACUGAUCAUGUUCUUCUGGUCAGCCACCGGUCUACUGCUCGUGUGCUGCUGUCCUACUUCCGUGGCCUGAAGCGAGACAUGGUUGCAGACCUGGAUGUUCCAAUGGGCAUGUUGUACAUGCUGGAACCUAAGCCAUAUGGUGUUGACUUCAAGGCUUACCAGUACAACCCUGACAGUGAUUGGUUUGACGAAGUUCCCAACUACGAGCUGCACCAAGUUGGUGCUUGA